CGUCUAUAGAUUGGGCAGUCUGUUGCUGACUGCUGGAGGAGAUAGAACUUAUCUGUGAAUAUCUUGAAACUAUGACAUCCAUCAGCAGAGAUUGUUUGAGCGAUCACGAUCGACAGGUCCUGGAAUCGAUUUUUAACCCUUCUCAGAUUGGUGGUGAGGAACAGCUGUACUCUGGCGAAGAAGAGUAUCCCGAUGAUUUGCAAGAUAUCGCAGAACCGGAUAAUCCUCGGAUCAAGCAAUCCCAAACGCUGGAACUGGAAGCAAUUAAACUGGCCGAGCAUGGCAAACUCCAAGAAGCAAUCACGAUUUUCAGCCGUGCCAUCGAAAUUGCCCCGGAAAGACCGGCACCGUGGAACAAUCGCGCCCAAGCCUAUCGCUAUCUGGGUAAUGAGAAGGCUGCCCUUGAGGAUAUUGAGCAGGCGUUGAAACUUUCGAAACGAUCGGGUCGAACUGGAUGCAAGGCACUUUGUCAGCGGGGCAUCUUGAGGCGUAAAAAUAAGGACUCUGACGGUGCGCGGGAAGACUUUGAAGAUGCGGCCAAGUUGGGAAGUAAGUUUGCGAGAACGCAACUGAUCGAGUUGAAUCCAUACGCUGCGCUGUGCAAUCAAAUGUUGAAAGAAGUUAUGAAAGUUUAGUUGAUUUAAUAAAAA